GAGGCGCGGCGGGGCGCGGUGCGCGGGGGCGCUAGCGGGCGCGGGCCGGGCGCGGGCAGCGCCCCCGAGCCGGGGCCGGGCACCUCGGCCGCUCGGGCCGUGGCGGCGGGGACCAUGCCGAGGAAAGUCUCCUGAGCCCGGCAACUUCGGCCCCUCCCCGCCCCCACCCGGCUGCCCUCCGCGCGGCCCUGCCCAUGUGCCGCCGGCCGGCCGGGCUCUCCUCCUCGCAGGCGGAUGGGUGACCUUUUCCUGGCACGGGCAGGCUGUGCGAGGCGGCGGAGCAGGCGAUGAAGAAGAAGCAGCAGCAUCCCGGCGGCGGCGCGGAUCCCUGGCCCCAUGGGGCCCCUCUGGGGGGCGCCCCUGCCGGCCUGGGCAGCUGGAAGCGCCGGGUCUCCCUGCUGCCUUUCCUGCGCUUCUCCCUCCGGGACUACGGUUUCUGCAUGGCCACCCUGCUGGUCUUCUGCCUGGGCUCGCUCUUCUAUCAGCUCAGCGGGGGACCCCCUCGCUUCCUGCUCGACCUGCGGCAGUAUUUGGGAAAUUCCACUUACUUGGAUGACCAUGGACCACCCCCUAGUAAGGUUCUCCCUUUCCCGAGCCAGGUGGUGUACAACAGGGUAGGCAAGUGUGGGAGCCGUACUGUGGUCUUGCUUCUGAGAAUCUUGUCGGAGAAGCACGGAUUCAAUUUGGUCACGUCAGACAUUCACAACAAAACCAGGCUUACUAAAAAUGAACAAAUGGAACUGAUUAAAAAUAUAAGUACCGCCGAACAGCCUUAUUUAUUCACUCGACAUGUUCAUUUCCUCAACUUCUCAAGGUUUGGAGGAGACCAGCCCGUCUACAUCAACAUCAUUAGAGACCCUGUCAACCGGUUUUUAUCUAACUAUUUUUUCCGUCGAUUUGGAGACUGGAGAGGGGAACAGAAUCACAUGAUCCGCACCCCCAGCAUGAGGCAGGAGGAGCGCUACCUGGACAUCAAUGAGUGUAUUCUUGAAAACUAUCCCGAGUGUUCCAAUCCCAGGUUAUUUUACAUCAUCCCGUAUUUUUGUGGACAGCACCCCAGAUGCAGGGAGCCUGGUGAGUGGGCCCUUGAGAGAGCAAAACUGAACGUGAAUGAGAACUUCCUGCUCGUGGGGAUUCUGGAAGAGUUGGAAGAUGUGCUGCUUUUACUGGAAAGAUUCUUACCUCAUUACUUCAAGGGCGUGCUCAGUAUCUACAAAGACCCAGAGCAUAGGAAACUUGGGAAUAUGACUGUGACCGUCAAGAAGACUGUGCCCUCUCCCGAGGCUGUGCAGAUUCUCUACCAGCGAAUGAGAUAUGAGUACGAGUUCUACCACUACGUCAAAGAGCAAUUCCACCUGCUGAAGCGAAAGUUCGGACUGAAGUCUCACGUCAGCAAGCCCCCUCUGAGACCCCAGUUCUUUAUUCCAACCCCGCUGGAAACCGAGGAGCCCAUUGACGAUGAAGAACAAGAUGACGAGAAGUGGCUAGAAGAUAUUUAUAAGAGGUGAUGCCAGCACUGUGUUGCCUCCAGUGGCUUUAUCUCCCUUUUCCAGAAAGUUUUUGUUUGGGGAAGAAAAAUCCUUAAGGGACUAAAUUAAUGCUCGGUUGCAUUAAAAAGAACAAAAACAUUCCCACAUGUUGGGGUCAUUGGGAGAUACCCGGUUUUGCGGGUUUUAUUUGUUUAAUUUUAUUCUGUGUUUUUCCUGGCUCCUUGGGUCCUUCCCAGGCACACUAGAUGGUUCCAUCACAAGGCAUCUCGUCAUAAAAUAUCUUCCCCCCCCCAAGUAUAAUGAGAGAAGGGCGAGAAAUACAGCCCAUAGCCCAAUAACUUAUCAUUUGUAAAAUGAAUUGUAAAAAUAUUACCUCAGUGGUGGGAAACAUCCAGACUUGUAUAUUUUGGUAGAAAUACAAAACCACUUCAGAGAUCAGGGAAUCUAUUCUAGAAGGAUCUAAGAGGAGAAGGUAAGACAGAUAUCGACAUCAAAAGGGAGGAUGUCCCUGGGUGAGUGUUUUCUACCCACAUGGGUAGAAUUCUGCCUCUGGUCCAUCUCAGGAGACACUCUCAUCAAAAGCAGCAUUCUUAUCUCUGAAAGAGCAAGUCAGCUUGGGCCAUACACCCAACCAGGCCGGAGCCUUGACUACCUUUCAAGGUCAAAGUGCGUGGCCAACUCCAUUGAGACGUUCCAUUUCCAAGCGCCAUUCUGACAGAUAUCAAAGUAGCAUAGCAGGGAAAGAAAAUCGUGUGCUGUGUAAGGAAGAGUGUAGGCAAGACAGAUCAUCCCAGAAGGUCACGUAACAUCAGGAAAAUGGCACGGUUGUGUUCUUUGCACCCAAUAUGAAACAUCUCUCUCCCCAGCAUUGCUUUAGAAACCCAGGAACCUAUUUAGCUCUGGCAUUUGACUCCUUUGGCAGAAGUUCUAAGCCUGACCACAGACAGUACAUAGUCUCUCAGGUACAUCCCUAACCGAGUUGGGUCCCACAGUACCUGGUGUCUUUCACCUUCUGGCCCUUUAAACCAGUACCUGGCUUUUGGUAAAAAGGGGUACUGAGUUCUGUGCAGACAGCUGUGAAACUAGAGUCCCAUUUCCUAUGGAAGCAGCUUGCUCCUGAGAACCCUUCCUAGGACAUCAAGAAGAGGAGAAGCAAGAGUUUCUGGGUAAGAGACUGCUUGACCAGAUUUAUGAGUAGGUGUCUGGCCGCAGAGUGAUGUGGGUAGAUGCUGGGAAGCUCCGUUGCUCCAAAAUAGCUCUUUUUUUUCUGUCCUGGUCCCAUCGUCUACCAUCUAUCCGUGAUGCCUUGGUUCUUUGGUCUCUGAAAUGUUUUCAUCUCUAACUACCAGGCUACCCCUGAAAAUACAUAUAGUCCUGGGGGGAUCAGAUACAGCCAGCUGAGAAGCAAGGGUACAGAUGGUGGUGGCAGGGGACAGAUUUUGUCCCCUUCAUGUUUUUUCCCCUAGAGCCAGUCCUUCAAGAGCACUAGGAAAGUGUGAGUUGGGAAUACUUAAUAGUAAAUAAGACUCUGACUUUACACAAGCUACACAUUUUCUACUUUUCAGAAACCAACAAGUCUCUCUAGAGUUUUUUCUUCGUUCACUAAAACUGGAUGGUAGCCAAGAUAUAAAGCAAGUCCUUUGGAACCUGUCAAGUGUGCACUAAAGCUACUUUAUCAUGAGAUGUAUUCAGAAGGCUCCACCCCACAGGAGUCCAGUGAAGGCUGGGACCACAGGGGCACAAAGUCCAGCACUUGGCCACUUGUGGGCCUCCAUUCUGCCUCCGAGAACUGGAGCAGGGAAGUGAUUAAGGGAAAUGUCCUUAGAAGAGGAAAUAUCCUUUGUCCUGUGUAGCAACCAGGGCCCUACCAUUAGGCGUACCUUAAAAAAGCAACCCAGAGAACAGCUAUCGUACUGAGAACAAAAACAAGAACUCUUCCCUGGUCCGUGGUGAGUCAUUUCUAUGAAAUUGCAUCUGAAGAAUGAUAAUUAGUUUACACACUGUGCAAUCUCACUCUCUGAAAAUAAAGUUGAGUUGGCUAAGUGUCCUCUGCUGUUGUCAGAACAUCAGGACAAUUGGUCAUUUAACCAACGCAUCCUCCUAGUGCAAGUUCACGUGAGCACAUCUGCCUGUGUGUUCAAAGGCAUUUACUGUCAGCAAUGAUCAUUAUAACAAAAGAUGCUGACGAUUCAUUCACAGGGCCUUAAUGUUAUUUUGUCCCCAAAAUAGCCCCUAAGUCCUAAAAGGCAAGACACCUCAUCAAUUUAUUUGGCACACAGGACAACAUUUCUUUGGCCCUGAGCCCAACAGAGUUCGUACUUCAUGAAAUAUAUUGUACAUUUUACAUAGUUUAAUUUAAAAAAAUACAUUUUAAGCUGGUUGAUCUUUGACUGCCUUAUUUAUUAUAACCUUUCAGCACAUUCCAAGGUUUUAGUUACUCAGGAAGGAGUUAAUUAAAAUGAUUUUAUUUUGGUCCGAUGGAUGUUUUUUAAAAGGAAAAAUUAUUAUUAUGAGCCUUCAGCCUACUUUCCUUGAGUGCCGUAAAAGUGCUUGUAAAUUUUUUUUUUAAGAAGAAAGAAAAAAAUGGUGUUUGACAUUGAUGGAAAUUCAAAAAUAUAUAUGGACCUGAAACAUUAGCUUAGCUAAAAUAAAAGCAAUCUGUGUUCAA